AUGGCACUAAUACUUCUUUUCGCCGUAGCUUGUGCAGCAUUUUUUACAGACAGCUCCUAUAUCAAAACUAUAAGCAAGUCUGAAAUAACGAAACAUAUAAAGGACCCUGACUAUUUAACAGGUAUUGUGAUCUAUGAAAGAGAAGGUGAAAGGUCUCAAGCGUUUGCUGAAAUUAUUGAUUCAAUUUUAGAUUCGUAUCACAAUUACAUACAACUUUUAGCUUAUGAUUGUGUGCAUUCUAAGAGAUGGCAAGCUGAGUAUAAGUCCAGGGUGUCCGAUGAGUUGAUCCGCCCUAGGUAAGUGGAUCCCAUGGUUUUAGGAAGUCAGGUGGGUCUUUGUCUACUCAAGACCCUAUGACAGGCAUUUUUUCUAAGCUCACAGAUGGCAAGCCGAGGCGCAGUGCCAGCUCAUACUUCAGGUGGCAAUAUUUCCAGGUUAAAGUAGUUUCAAAGGAGACUUUGGUGGUAAACUCAUACUCUGAGUACUACCAGGAGUUUAAAGAGUCCUUAGCCGUGGAGUCAAGACCCAAGCAAGGCCGGGUAAGUCUCCACGAGAGACUGGUGACGAUAUAGGGCUACACAGGGUAAAACCCUAUACCAUUUUUUUGUGAUGUUGAUAGGAAACGGGCAUUAUGUGUGACUCCGAUACCUUAGGGAAGCUGUUUAAAUUAAAUUAAUGGCUUAAGGUCUUUCAGAUUUGAUGCCUCCGCACGAUUUCGACCACUGGAUCCUUGCUUGCCAGGGGUAGCAUCAGCUGCCUGAGCCGAUCAACAGCAGUCUUCUCCAAGGUCUAAUCCUCCGCAACCUACAACAAUUUACUAAUUUAACUAUGAUUGUACAGAAGAUGAAGUCCUGUGCCCUCAAGAGACCAAAUCAAUGCUUCCGAUGUUCGAAAUUCAUGUGCCAAGCGGAUACAACCCCUAUUCUGGAAAACCAAUUGUGGAGCUAAAAAAAUACUCUGGCCCAGGAGCAUUACAAAAUAUUACCGACUAUUUACUUGAAAAUAUUCCAUAUCUAGGCCUUUUUCUCAAUAGAGAGACAGAAGAAUAUCUAUAUGACCCUGAUAUAAAUUCUGUUAUUUUAUUUACAAAAAAAAAUUUUGUCCCAUUAAUGUACCAAGGGUUGUCUUCACUUUAUAGAGGAAGGCUGAACUUUUAUGUUUCCUUGGCAAAUCUUACUGAAUAUUCUAGAAGGUACCAAAUUUAUAAUUUCCCUGCUGUCGUUGUUAAGACAAAUAAAGAUAUUAUUAAAUAUACUGGGAAAAUUGCGUAUGACGAUAUAGCUGAAUUUCUUAAAAACUAUGCAGUUCAGUCAAAGCAAGUUGAAAAAUUAGUUAUGCAGGCUGAAAAAACAAUUCCCAAGCUGAGGAUUCCUGAUUUUAUUCCUAUAAGACUAACUGCAGAUAAUUUUUAUACAAGGCUUGACAAAGAAAAAGUAAAUUUUGUGCAGUUUUAUAAAGAAAAGAUGAUAAGUGACUGAGAUAGGCUAUUAAAGGAAUACGCUGGUGUAGUCACUUUUAUUUUAUUAAAUUGCACUGAUGCUUCAGAAUAUGAAAUCGCUCUUGACGAACACGUGAAAUCAUUUCCUUCUCUUUAUUUAUACCCUCCAGACAAUCCUAAUGGCUAUCCUCUAUACUUAACUGAUUUCCCAAGCAUUGAAAUUGAAAUUGCCAAACACUUAAAAUUUGAAAUGACUCAAUUAUCUGACUACAAGCUUCACGAUUUUAUAUAUAAGCCAGGACGUGACAAAAGAAUGGGACUAAUUUUUCUCACUGAAGGCCAAGCCCCUAUCCAUUACAAAGCACUUGCAGCUGAUCCUGCUUUUAACCAUUUAGUAAGAUUUUCUAUAUUUAAAUCCGGAAGACAACAAUUGUCUGAUAUUUUUAACCCUAAAAAAAUACCGACUAUGAUCAGUAUUAUUAGAGCUAAUGAAACUGGGGAAUUAAAAAUUAUUGAGUAUUCAGGAGAAGUAAAUGACUAUAAAAUCAUGUUUUAUUUUGUUGACCAAAUGUCCCUGCCUAUGUUUUAUAGAGAAGAUAAGAAAAAAGUCAAAACUGAAAAUGAUGUAAAAUCAUGGGACAAAAAUAGGUGAAGAGAUGAAUGCAUUGGUGGAGUCUGCGUUAUAGGGUUUUUUAAUGGAAAUGCUGUAAAUAAUAUUUAGGAAGAUUUCCCAAAUGAGCUUUCUGUGCUCAAAAAAGCAAGCGCACUAAUGGAAAAUAGAAAUCUCCCUUAUCAUUUUGGAUGAGUAGAUGGAGCCUGCUAUCCUGGGCUCAGAGAAAUUUUUGAUAUUCAUGAAAAUAAUUUGCCUGGACUAGGAGCAUUUUUACCAGCAAAGAAAAAGAUUGCGAGACUUUAUGGAGAAUUUAAUAGUGAAGAUGCAAUUGAUUUUCUUGAAAAUGUGUUGAGGAAUAAAUUUAUGGGAGAAGAAAGAGAUAAGCUAUAUUUUCCUGAUGUGUAUUGCAAAACGAUGGAGCAAAAGCCAAAACAAAGAAAAAAAGCGAAAAAAGAAAUAGGUAAUGAAGAUCUUUAA